AUGUAAUACUAGCCUUAGUCCGUGGUCCUACCGGCCUUCCCUAACCAAAAGAUAAAUUUUAGGUCUCCAACAUGACACAAAUUGUUAGAUGACUAUCUGUCAAAUAUAAACAUUUUCACAAGUGUAAUUUAUAAGCACAUGUAAUUUAAUUAGAUUUAUUAAUGGCAGCGAUUGAUAAAGUUAAAAUUAUCGUUGUAGGCGAUUCAGGUGUAGGUAAAACAUCAUUGACACACUUAAUAUGCCAACAACAACCUAUCAGCAACCCUUCUUGGACAAUAGGCUGUUCAAUAGAAGUAAAGCUACAUGAAUACAAAGAAGGGACACCUAAUCAAAGAAGAUAUUUCAUUGAACUAUGGGACAUUGGUGGCAGUCAAAGUCACAAAAAUACAAGAUCUGUGUUUUACAAUCCUACAAAUGGUAUAAUAUUAGUCCAUGACUUAACAAAUCGUAAAUCACAACAGAAUCUUCAGAAAUGGCUGGAAGAAGUUUUAAGUAAGGAUGGAACUUCCUCAAAGUCUAAAUCAUUCGAGGAUUUUGAUCCUGAGAAAUUUGUGGGUUCAACACAGAUUCCUAUCUUGGUCAUUGGUACAAAACUCGAUCUAAUUUCGGAAUCCAAUUUUAUAAAAUCUAACGUACAACGACGUUCUGCAACAAUUGCAGAAGAAUGUGGUGCUGAUGAAAUAUGUUUGGAUUGCCGUCAAAUAAGAGCUUUAGCAGCAGGCUCUAGUUCGUCUGUGAAGCUUAGCAGAUUUUUUGACAAAGUUAUUGAAAGACGUUACUACUCCUCCAGAGAAGCACUGAGUCCUGACAAGCGAAGGCCGCCACUGUACACUUCCUCACUCUAUCCGAAGUUUUAUCAUAACGAUUAAGUAUAUUCGAUUUACAUGUCUUAAGAAAGAUAUUUUUAUCCAAUUUCAUACAGAAUAAUUAUUCUGUAAUGUAAAAAGCACUGCAGAAUUGCGCGGAUUAAGCAUUGUAAGGCUCUUGAUCUCGCAUUUCUUAUCCACAUUCCUAAUUUCCACGGAAAUAUUUUGUCGAGUGUGCUCAAAUUGACUGUGAACGGCAUAGAAAAAAAUCUAUUAGACUCAUGAUACUUUGUAUGUAUCUAUUGUAAAGACAUCGCAUUGUAUAAUUUUAUAAUGUAAUGUAAUAUAAAUAUGUAAUUAUUCAAUAUGAAUACAUUGUUAUCAGAUAGUAUCAAUAAAACUAAUCUAUGUAAUUA